AUGGAUCACGAUGCCGACCAUGCGCCAGAUCCAGCUUCAGGUCCAGGCUCAUGGUCAAUAGCACCGGAGAAUGGCUCGAUAAGUCGAGCUAGUGCAGCACAGCCCAGAGAUGAUGUGGAUCACACUGAAGAAGAGCUUGAGCUCGUACCACCCGUUCCACACGAUGCGAUGGAUGAGGAUCCUCAACAUUCGGGUUCGGAUCACCCCGCGACACCAAUGAAUUUGUCCGGCGCGUUGGAGAAACAAGCCAGACAGGCCGAAGCCAACGCCAACGCCAACGAUUUAAGCUCGGAUAACGCAGCCAAUGACCCCGCGAUCGCGGAAUUGGGGGGAGAAAUCGGGAUCCGCCGGGUGCUAUUCGAGUGCAGUGAUGCUAUCGAAAUCAGUCUUGACGAAUAUCAAACCUAUUGGCCAUUUAUCGACAAUGUAUGGGUUAAACAAAGAUCCAAUUCCAGCAAAGAGGGUCACUGCACAACGGACUAUUAUAUGUGUCGGUUACGAAGGCCAACGCAUCGCACAUCUGAGACUCGCCCUCUGCCAGAAGGGAAGCGUCCCCGAAAGAAACGCGUACGAGAAGGGGGCAUGUGCAAUUUUCAGAUCAAGGUUGUGCGUUUUGAGGGCGCGUAUUCGACCGUGACUAUCGCCAGAACGCCCGGAAGUAGUGAUGUUCAUUCUCAUGAUCUCGACUUUAUCGAUCGAGUGAAGCGGAACUCUGGGCUCAUGGAAUCGGCGCGAAAGGAAUCAUGCAAGGGCUACCUUCCUUCAUCUAUAUACACCAAAUUCCAAGAAUAUCCUGAAAUGCUUUCAGAAGCAGGGGGUCGAUUCUUGACAGUCACGGACGUACGCAAUGUUUCUGCAAAAUGGCGCAUCCAGAACCCGGAGGUCAAGCUCAUUCCGCAUGAUGGCUACGAGUACCAAAAGGGUCAUGGGAUCGUGAGGUCCCAGGGUGCGGCGGAACGCUCCAACGAGACGAUAUCGGCCCAGUUACGAGUUCACUCUCAGGACUCGGCUCCGGCUCUUCCUCCGGAUAUCCUUUCUUUCCCGCAAUUUUCAUUGGACUUUUUACAGCCCUAUUUACCGAAUCAUGCCGAUCGUCGCGGCGAGUUUCCUCACGUCACGUUGUCCUACGCUUCAUCUAUGGACUCCAAGAUCUCUCUUCGGGCGGGCAUGCAAACGGUGCUAUCUGGACCUGAGGCGAAACUAAUGACACAUUACCUUCGUUCUCGCCAUGAUGCUAUUUUGAUAGGCGUGGGGACCGUGCUUGCAGAUAACCCCGGUCUAAACUGUCGCCUAGAAGGAGCCGGGGGGGUUCGGAGGUCUUGGAAGGAUGUGGCAGCCACGCCCGGUGGACGAUGGCCUGUUCAUCCAGACUGUCGAAUGUUACGAACGGCAGUGGAGGGGAAAGGAAAAGCCCCAUGGGUGGUGGUGUCACCGGGAGCGCAAAUCAACCCACAAACUCUUAUGAUGCUCAAGGGCUACGGGGGCGACUUCCUUCGAAUUGUGGAAUAUAACCAACACUGGCGAUUACAUUGGGAAGGUGUUCUUCGGGCACUGGCAUCUGAAGGAAUCAAGAGUGUUAUGAUUGAAGGCGGCGGGACGGUCCUCAGUGAACUGCUCAACCCAGAAUACACCAACUUCAUCGACUCGAUUAUCGUGACGGUGGCCCCCACUUAUCUGGGUAGCGGCGGUGUUAGCGUCAGCCCACACUCCAAACUUGACCAAGAGGGCAACCCUAAUGCCGCUUUGAAUCCGCGCGAGGUAAAGUGGACUCCUCUGGGGCAGAAUGUCAUCAUGUGUGGCAAAAUUCGACCACACGAGGGAGAGUAG